AAACUAAAAUACCCUAAAGUCAAGUAAAUCACAGUCCCUUAUGAAAACUCAUUGCUGAUUCACCCUUUCAUUUCAGCCCAGCCCUGGAAGUUUCCCUGUACCAGGCAAAACCUUCAUGAGAGGAAAGCAAAGAUGAAAGUCUGUGCUCCUUUCACUGUUGUCUUGGCUCUGACUCUGAGCAGUGACUGUGCAAAGAUGCGCCACAAAUCUGGGGCAGGAAGAGGCUCCAAACAUGAGUUCAAGCGCCCACAAGUGUUUACAGAGGAUGGAAAUUUAUGCAAAUUUCCUUUCCGGUUUGGAGGAAGGUUUUAUCACUCGUGUAUUUCAAAUAUGUUUUCCAGAAAGAAAUGGUGUUCAACAACACCUAACUUUGACCGGGACAGGAGGUGGGGACACUGUGCUUUGUCACACAAAGACAACUCAGAUCACUGUGCAAGCAACCCUUGCCAAAAUGGAGGUACCUGUUCUCUCACUCACAGCCAUAGGAUGUACCACUGUACCUGUCCCGAGGAAUUCACAGGCGAGGAUUGUCAGCUGAAGAAAUGUUUUGACAACAGUCUCUAUGAGUUCUUUGAUGUGGGCGUGAACUGGUCAAGAGUCCAACACGGAGCUGUGGAGCAGUGCAUGUGUGUGAACGGCCAGAUCGAGUGCGAGCGUGUUGGACACAAAAGCUGUGUUCAUGAUCCUUGCAUGAAUGGUGGAGAAUGUAAAAUGGUUACCAUCAGUGGGAAAAUAGUAUGUGAUUGCAAAGACAAUUAUGGAGGAAAGUAUUGCAAUAUUGUUCCGAGCCAUCGGUGCUAUGUUGGCAAUGGCACAGAGUACAGAGGUAUGGCCAAGACAACCAUUUCUGGGCACAGCUGCUUGCCUUGGGAUUCAGACCUGCUUUACCAAGAGCUUCACGUUGACAGCAUUGGGAAAGCAGUACAGCUUGGCCUGGGGCCGUUCCCUUACUGCAGAAAUCCAGAUGAUGAUGAGAAGCCAUGGUGUUACAUCAUGAAGAACAACAGUUUGUCUUGGGAGUAUUGUGACAUUCCAACUUGUGCAAGCAGGGAAAGGAGGCCACCAGUUCCAGACAACGUAGGUACUUACGCAGUUACCAGAAGACCAUGUGGGAGAAGACAUAAAAAAAGAAGUUUUGUGAGACCUAGGAUUGUUGGGGGAUCUUCAUCUCUGCCUGGAUCUCAUCCCUGGACAGCAGCUAUAUAUAUUGGAGGGAGUUUCUGCGGUGGAAGCCUGGUUCAGACUUGUUGGGUUGUGUCAGCAGCACACUGCUUUGCUAACAGCCCCCUAAAAUCCACUAUUAGAGUAGUUCUGGGUCAGCAAAUAUUUAACAAAACGACUGAUGUAACACAGACAUUUGAAAUAGAGAAAUAUAUCUUGCAUCCUGAGUAUUCCGUGUUCAACCCUACUGAACAUGAUAUUGCUUUGAUUAAGCUGAAGAAGAAUGGCCAACGUUGUGCUGUCAAAUCCCAGUUUGUUCAGCCCAUCUGCUUGCCGGAGAGUAACACUGUUUUCCCUGACCAUUGGAAAUGUCAGAUUUCUGGAUGGGGACACAAGCAUGAGAAUAUAACUGGUUAUUCAGAUGUCCUGCAAGAAUCACUGGUUCCACUUAUUCCUGAGGAGAAGUGCAGAAGUCCUGAAAUUUAUGGAACAGAACUCACUGAAAAUAUGUUCUGUGCUGGCUACUUUGAUAGUAAAUCUGAUGCUUGUCAGGGAGAUUCUGGCGGACCUCUGGCCUGUGAGGAAAAUGAAAUCUCUUACCUCUAUGGAGUUAUCAGCUGGGGAGAUGGCUGUGGCAGAGUCAACAAACCUGGAGUAUAUACACGAGUGACAAACUACGUAAACUGGAUUAAUGAGAAAAUAGCCCCCCGAAAAACUAGUUGAACAGUUAAAUAUGCUAACAUUUGAAGCAGGGUUCAGGAGUCUUCUGGUUUCAUUAAACUGGCAUAAGUAUUUUAUUAUAAGCUGGUAUGAAAACUGUCAUGGUAAUUCAUAGCAAUUCCAAGCCAGACCACUAAAGUAGGCCUGCUCCAUCUGAUGUCAGCAACCUUGAUCUAGAAUUCUGGGGCUGUGGGUUGCUCAACAUACAUGACUGUCUUUAUUUGUCUUAAUAAAAAAAAAACCAAAAAUGUUGAGACGGUGCACAAAAAUCUACAACUCUCCGUCUGCCU